UUACCCUCAUGAGAAAGACAAAUGACCUCGGUUCGAUCCCGUCCCUCAACUCCCCGUCUCUCUGCUAUUGAUCCCAAGACGCCAUUGACGAUGGAUUCCGGAGGUCAGCUCUCCGUCAAGACUGUUCUCUGAGAAUCCUCAGAACCAGCGAUUCGCGGGAACAUGCUUUCUUUCUAAUCAGGAAAGAGAAGAAAAAGAAAUUGCUCUCAUAGAAAUGAGGUCGUCUUCGGAUAGAAUUAACGUAGCUGCGAGUGCUCAAAGAAUCGAUGUAGAUAAUCGAAUUUCUCUUCGUUUCUAUUACAGGAUCGCCAAUAAUAUUCUUAAGCAGGCUGACAUAUUUCGGGAAGAGAAAAAUGUACCAGAUCUAUAUAUCAUGCUCUUAAGGUUUUCAAGUUUGGUUGUUGAGACGAUACCAUGCCAUCGAGAUUAUAGAACUUCAUUACAAAGCAACAGAGAUUCUUUGAGAAAGGAAAUUACCGGAUGUCUAAAUGAGCUGGAGAAGUUGCAGCCAGUGGUUAAACAAAGGAUCAAUGAACUUAACACAAAACACACUUAUCAAGCAAAUGUACAGGUCAAUCUUCACAAAAACAGUUCCUUGGAGUGGCCUCCUGUCCAAAGGCCAAUCUCGAGUAACUACAGUGUGACAAAGGCAGUGACACCAGUGGCAAAUGGCUAUCAAGUUUUAGCAAGUCAGAAAUUCACCCAUGCCAAGCCCAUUGAAGGGCAAUUUCGCAGAAUACAAAUAAACUUGCCGCGUCCGAAUCAGGAAACUCUCCACAGACAUUCUAUUUUAGGUCCGAAUGGACUUGGUGGGCAGUGGCAACUGCCUAAGAUUGAUAAAAGGGUUGAAUAUCCAAGUAAUAUCGAUCUGUCUCCAGUAGAAAUCCCAAGUCUUUUUCCGUCCAUAGAAAAUGGACAUAUGAAGAAAGAUCACAACAAUGCAGAACUGGAAAUAUCAACAGUUGAGUCUAGUCUUAGCAUCAACAGUAACGGGCCAAAGUGUCAUGCUGAGGAACCUUGCUCUAUGAUUUCCUUUGAAGAAUCAGACACCCUUGUUCAUACUGAUAUCAUCAGACAACCUUCGCCUCCACCUGUUCUUGCAGAAGUACAAGAUUUGAUUCCUGACAUGUCUCCCCAAGCUACUGACACUGAAUGUAGACUGGAGAAUUCAUUUCCAGAUAAUAUUCUUCGUUCUGAAGCUCCCCUACAACUCCACAUUUCAACUACAAUGAUGCAGAACUUCAUGAAGCUUGCCAAGUCAAAUACUGACAAAAAUCUGGAAACUUGUGGUGUGCUUGCUGGUUCACUUAAAAAUAGAAAGUUUUAUGUUACAGCUCUCAUUAUCCCGAAGCAGGAAUCAACAUCUGACUCGUGUCAGACGACAAACGAAGAGGAGAUAUUUGAAGUGCAGGAUAAGCAAUCUCUUUUCCCCCUUGGGUGGAUUCAUACGCAUCCUACACAGUCUUGCUUCAUGUCGUCUAUUGAUCUUCAUACCCACUAUUCAUAUCAGAUUAUGUUACCGGAAGCUGUGGCAAUUGUCAUGGCCCCAAGAGAUACUUCGAGAUCCCAUGGCAUUUUCCGGUUGACCACUCCGGGUGGCAUGUCGGUCAUAAGACAUUGCCAGCAGCGUGGCUUUCACCCACAUAAUCAACCUCCAGAUGGUGGCCCUAUUUACAAGGCAUGUACAGACGUAUAUAUGAAUCCCAAUCUAAAAUUUGAUGUAAUUGAUCUUCGAUAAUUGUAGUUCCUAUUGGGAAGGGUAAGGAUUUUCUUCAUUGCAAUUAUUCAUUUACCAUGCGUGUACGAUUAUUGUCUUGUCCCCAUUGUAUUGUUGGCCCCCUUAAAAUCUAAAACAUUGAAAGGAAAAAAAAAAGGAGGGGAUACAUGUGUUUUGUAUAUCUUCACUAGAAUCAUCGUGAGGAUUAGGCUGAAUAGCUUACCUCCAUAUAUUGAUACAGUUUGGAACCUGUUUGUUCUUUUGUCUCCGAGAUUAUCACAUGUAUAGGUUUUCUUAGUAAUAACAUAGAAGUUUUCGGUACCUUCAAAGUACCGUAUUUCUCCA